ACCACCUAAAAAUGUGCAAGAAAGACAUAUAUCUAGCUAAAAGAGAGAAAAAAGAAUUACUACUAUAAUAUAAUGGAAACACCAAGGGCUAUGUCAAUCCUUGUUCUUAGACUUUUUACUAUGUUGUUGUGCGCAGCUUCGGUGCCACUCAUGAUUACUAAUAGCUUCCAACUUAGCGGAGGCGAGAAAACCAAAUACAGUGAUGUUAAGGGCUACAAGUACGUCGUAGCGGCGGCAGGAAUUGGAUUUUUGUACUCAUUGAUUCAGCUGCCAUUCGCAAUGUAUUAUGCCUUUACAGGGAAGAGGGUUUUUCAUGGCAGGUUCCUUGGCCUCUUGGAUUUCUACGUAGAUAAGGCGUUAAGUUUCUUCCUAGCAAGUGGAGUUGGUGUUGGUUUUGGAGUCAGUUCUGAACUCAAGCGUUACGUAAAUGGAUUUGUAGACACAAUUGAGACAACUGGGAUUGAUACAUUCGAAGAGUUAAGGACCAAGAGCCAAAAAUUCUUCGAUAGGGGUAAUUUAGCAACUACUCCCCUUCUUGCUGGAUUCACUACUAUGGCUGUUCUCACCAUUAUUACUUCCUUCAGUCGCAAAUGAAGAACUACACUUUUUUGGUGCAACAACUAUUAAAUGUAGUAAAAUAAGUCGAGUCUUGUUGGUUAAUUCGCUUGCGUGUGACGUUUAAAUAAUUUAUGUGUGUUGAAUUUUAAGAUGCAAUAAUACUAUGAGUGCUUACUUUGUCUCAAUGAAUAUCAAGAGAUCGAUGGAAAUUGACUACUCUUGCUAUUAGCUAUAUGUUGUAACAGUGGAUUCAUUUGAGGUUCUUGAGUUUCUAAUUAAUGAUGGUAUGUUAUUUUGUUAAA